UUCAUUCCUGCAUCAAUCUUGCAAAUACCACCUAUACCCACCACAAUAUAACCAUUGUUAUCACUAGUCAACAUGUCUGCCAACGACGAGUACCAGCCCGGCUCCGACAGCAUUGAGGGAGUUAGUGGUGCCGACACCAUCCAGAAUGACUACAAGUCUCGAACCGGUCAAGGUCACAUUCCUGUUCAGAGUGACGAGACUCCCGUGGAAGAUCCCAUCGAUCCCAACACGGCUGACUCCGAUGCCACACUAGCACGUGAUGACGCUGAAGCCAUUGACAAGAGCAACAUUAUCGAUCAACGCACUCGUGGUGCCACCAAGCCAGGUGCAUACCGAGAGCCUGGUGACGAGGAAGGUUUGCCAGGUCCGGAGGAUGGUACUAGUGCCGUCUCUGGCGGCCCUGCGUAACUUCUACAACAUUUAUACGCCGCGUGAAGUGGGAAGCUUGUAUUACUAGAAGUGAAGGAGUACAUAAUGUUACUAUGCUGUGGUAAAGAUUGUACCCUCAAUGGAUUUUAUGAAAUGAUCGAUGUCGUUCUUCAGCCCUAUCAAGUGACGAGUGAUA